UUUCAGGAAACUCAAUCAGAAUUCAUUAAUGCAAUCUCAAAAGGAUCCUUUAAGGAGAGCUUUCUACAAAUUGUUAUUAUUUGGCGAAAGGAUGAUAAGCAUUUAAUGUACGAAUGGGUCAGUGUUGCUAAGCAGAACGAAAAUCUUUUAACAGAGAGUUUCAUCAAUUCAACAAAAACCGAAAUUUCUUAUACGGUAAAAAGGCUCUUAAAAUCUUCAGAAACUUUUAGUUAUGAAGCUUUUGUGCAGAAUCUCUUUAAUGAGCAUUCACAAGGAAUUUUAUCCAAAUGGAUCUCCCGGUUGUUAUAUUUAGUUGAUUAUCUAUCAGAUAAUAUUGAGGACGAGCACCUUCUUGCAGCUUUUUCCCUUUUGGGAACAAUAGCAUUUAUGUUUGGUGUUGGCUAUAUAUUAAUGUACUUUGUAAGGGCCGAAGAGGAAAAUCUGAAGGCGCAAGGUCAUCUUAUUAAUAAUCAAGACCAGCGCCAUAAUAAUCUGAUCCCGGAACUGAAGUUGUACGAACUAAGAGCUGAAAAAUAUAACGGAAUGGUUCGCCUACUAAAACCCGGAUGUCGUACCUUACUACUUAUAACUGAUUUCCAAAGUCGGAAUAAACUAAUUCCAUACUUUCAUAAGGCGGUUUGGCCAUACAGAAAAUCGAAAACAUUAUUUUUUGGACAUAUGCUAAUUGAAAAAGGGCUACCAUGGUUUGCAGAAAUUCUUCGUUUAUCAUUGUGUACAAAUCGAAAGUUGCAAGUCAAUCCACGGAACUGUGUUGGUACUGUCCUGGCAUUAAAUGGUCAUCGGAAAUACUUUUGCAUGUAUCACGCUAAACACCCAGAGUCUGUUCAGGGAACAAAGAGAAUACUUAAAAUAACAAAAAUACUUGUGAACACAAAGGAGGAUCCUGAGGUCGGGACGUUCCUUGAAGGAGGAUACUCUGAAGAAUCUGAUACAGAAUCAAAUAUUCUUUUGGAGGAUAAUUUACUUAAUAGCCUGGACUAUUGGCUUGAAAGAUUGUUUGAUGGGAGAACACAAAAAUACUACAUAAAUUAUUGGCCAGACUUUACUACAAAAGAAUACUUAAAAUAACAAAAAUACUUGUGAACACAAAGGAGGAUCCUGAGGUCGGGACGUUCCUUGAAGGAGGAUACUCUGAAGAAUCCGAUACAGAAUCAAAUAUUCUUUUGGAGGAUAAUAUACUUAAUAGCCUGGACUAUUGGCUUGAAAGAUUGUUUGAUGGAAGAACACAAAAAUACUACAUAAAUUAUUGGCCAGACUUUACUACAAAGUAAUAAGCCUAAAA